ACGCGGGGCGCGGCAAAUAAAUAAAAAUACUCGAGCAGCACCACGUGACCGGGCGAGUAGCACCACGUGACCGGGCGAGCAGCACCACGUGACCGGUCGAGAAGCAUGGCCGCGCCGGGUGGAGGCGAGAGGCCGCGCUGAGACGGAGCGGGGCUACGCAGAGAGACACAGAGACACACAGAGACACACAGAGAGAGAGAGAGAGACACUGAGACACAGAGAGACACAGAGAGAGACACAGAGAGACACUGAGACAGAGAGAGACAGAGAGAGAGACACUGAGACACAGAGACAUAUAGAGAGACACAGACACUGGGACAGAGAGAGAGAGAGAGACGCAGACACUGGGACAGAGACACACUGGGACACAGAGACGUAGAGUCGUGCAGCGACGGCAGGGGGGGGGCGCUACGGAGCUCGCCAUCAUCACCGUGUUGCCGGCAACAGAGACGGGCCGUGUGUGUGAGAGGGAGAGAGCCGUGGGGGCCUCUCUGCUCGAGAGACGCAGCAGCAGCAGCAGCUGGGGCAGCAGCGUCGUCCCUGGACUUGAGGAGGAGGCGGCGGCGGCGAUGAUGAUGACGGAGGGGGGAGACGCUCGGGACGACUCUGCGCCGCUGCUGUCGCCCACGUCGGCCCGCAAGGGCGUGCGGUUCGGGCAGGGGGUCGUGCAGGCGCUCAGCAAGUUCCGCCAGGGAGACGCGGCAGAGUACACGCUGCUGCUGCGACAGCUCGCGGACCCCGACAUCAAGGAGGUGCAGCUGGAGUGCUGGCUCAAGGAGCUGCGGGGCUGUGUGGCGAUGCUCAGCAAGGACUACGAGCUGCUGGUGUCACUGAUACUGAGGAUCAGCUGGAUGUCGCGUGGCCGUGCGGUGGUGGAGGAGUAUCUCUCCUUCCUCACUCACCUGGUGUCGGCUCAGACCAUCUACCUGCGCUCCUGCCUCAUCAUGCUGCUCUCCAACUUCACCCGCCGCAAGCGCGUGGUGGACGAGGCGGGGGGGGAGUUCACAGACUCCGACGAUGACGACGAGGAUGCGGACAGGUGUUUCCAAAUCUGUCACAAGGCCCUGGAGCUCAUCGCUGGCAUCGUGCCCUCGACGCCCAUGUUCCUGAUGCCGCUGCUGGCGGAGAGGUUCCCGUUUGUGACCAAAUCUCCGCGGACACAGGAGUGCUACGUACACAACCUACUGCGCGUCACCACCUACCUGCCCGUGCUGCGACGCGACGUGCUCGCCCUACUGCUGGACAGGCUGCUCAAGCUCGACGUGAACGCCCCCCGCCAGGACAUUGAGGAUGCGGAGCAGCAGGCGGCCGUCCAGUCGGGCGCCGCACAGGAGGAGGUGUUCCACAUGGAUGAGGACGCGGGUGUGGAGGCGAGGGGCGGGCGAGGAGGAGGUGGGGAAAAGGGCGAAGACGAAGAGGAGGGGGAGAUGGCUCACACGGCCGCCAACACGCUCGAUGUCCUCAUGGCGCUGCUCUUCCGAUACAUCCAUGACACGUGCCACUCCAACGGGAAGCUGGACGUGGAGAUGACGAAGGCUGUGUACCGGGACCUGCUGGAUGCGUUUGACCGCCUGCUGCUGCCCACGCACGCCUCCUGCCACGUGCAGUUCUGCCUCUUCUACCUGUGCAGCUUCCGCCUCGGUCUGGCAGAGGCGUUCCUUGAGCACCUGUGGAAGAAGCUGCAAAACCCCAGCGAGGCAGCCAUCAUAAGGCAGGCAGCCGUGGGCUACAUGGGCAGCCUGCUAGCCCGGGCCCAGUACAUCCCAGUGGGCACGGUGCGCGCGUGCCUGGGGCUGCUGGUGCCCUGGCUGCACCGCUACAUCGACGGGCAGGAGGGCGGCGCGCGGCCCCGCUGCCUCGUGGCGGCGCACGGCCCCUUCUACGCCGCCUGCCAGGCCGUCUUCUACUCCUUCUCGUUCCGCCACCGACAGCUGCUGGAGCCCGACAUGCGCAAAGGCCUGGCGUACCUGCAGAGCCUCAACCUGGAGCGGAUCGUGCUGUGCCGUCUCAACCCCCUGCGCGUGUGCCGCCCACCCAUCGUCAACAUCUUCGCUGCCUUGACGAGGCGGUAUCAGAUCGCGUUCUGCUACUCCAUCAUGGAGAAGAACAGUCGGCAGAGACUGCCCGUGGCCGGGGACACGCUCGUGGGGGCCGCCCCCGCCUCGCACGACCAGCUGGACGCCGUCUUCCCUUUUGACCCCUACCUGCUGCGCCGCUCCAGGAGAGUGAUUGCGCCGUUGUUUCGCGAGUGGAGGAAUGAGGAUCUGGGCGGAGAUCUCGCAUUGAAGGGUCGGCCCAGCAAGAUGGUGGUGGGCCAGCAGCAGGAGGAUGAGGAUGACUUCCUGAAGAGCGACGCGGCGAUGAGGAAUGGCAGCAGCAUGACCCCCGGCUCGUACGACCCCUUCAACAGCGGCGGAGCGAGUUUCGACUCUCCUCCAUACAAGACGGACAUGGGCCCGACUCCCCACGCGUUGUAGUUACAACCGCCACCGCCGCCAACUUCCACCACCAACAGCCACCAAAAAUAGUCAUCAAAUGCCACCAACACCACCACUCAUCACCACUCAAUCCUGCGGCAGCACAUUCGCCGCUCGUUGCAGAAGUUCGCGGUUACAAUUUGACAGACCGCCCUGGUUGACACUCACGUCAGAGUGGUGUAUUUACAUUUUACCUACCCUGGAGGGAUGGGCCGAGUCAGCCCACAACCAGGACUUGAACUCACGACCUUCUGAUUGCGAGCCGCCCGCUCUAGCGCCAAGCUGCCCGCCCGGUGGGUUGGUAUUGCGCUAUCAAACACUCGGCAGUCUACUUCAAAAUGCAGGUCGAAGAUCCUGCGACGUCGUUCAAAGAGAAGCCGGCCGUCGUGUGGCAGCGUCAUGGCCCAACUUGCUAAGUUUGAAAAAAAAGAAUGACCUGGAAACGACUCGGUCGGCAAAUUCGAGAGCGAUCGUCGUCCCACAGCACAGAUGAAGGCUGGCCGUCACCCCAUGACCGGAUGUAUGUGUGUGUAUAUAAAUAAACUCCUAAAAAAUUUUUUUUUUAAACAACGGUUUUAUUAACUUCGUUUAACUCGCGGUCGCCUGCUUUUUGUGCGAGCCGAUUCCACAGUUUAGGGACCGCGGCGUUUUUGGCCUACAAAAAUAUAUAAGCCGCCUAUAAAAAGUGUAAUUGCUUGAAAGAAGGCAAUUAAUUGAUUGAUCCCUAUUUUGAUACAGGCAUGCAAUGUCACCGGACCUGAGUACGUGUGUGCAAAAUGUGGAAUUGAUUGGACAACGGGAAGUCGGCUAACUUUUGAUUACAAGAUUUGACCACGACAAACACGUGAAGUUAAAUAAAACCGUUGAUAAAGUUAACUUCGUGAAAAGACGAGAGCUGGAGUACGAGUUCAUGGCACGCAGUGCGAGUGCAUGACCCCUCGGAGUUGCCGUGUGUAGAAUCGUUGCAUCUCGAGAUGGGACCGCCUACUGCUGCAGUUCAAGUCCAGUGUUUAAACCGUUCUAAGUGGGGGCAGCAUCCCUGAUGUUUUGGAUAUUUAAAGCGUUUCGUUCUGUGCCAGUAUUUUGUGGUGUACAGUGCAACCACGUGGAUUGCUCCCUGUGUUCUGGAGAGCAUGUGCCGUGAAUACAGUCCCCGUGUACAACGCACCACACUCGCAAAGACGCGUAAAUGUUUACAGACUAGUGCGGUAAGACAGCCCCGCCGCUGGAGUUUCUCGAGGGGUUUGUCCGAGGGGCCAGCCCUGUGAAGGUGAUGCCCCAGGGCUGGUUGGGCAGCAGAGGGCAGUGGAGCAACAUCCACUGCACUCUCCUCACGAGUCGAUGGCUCUCCCCCCUUUCCCAAGCUACAACUGACCAAGGUGGACGUAAUUUUUUUGUGAUUUUACCGAAAAAACCUAAGAGUAUGAAUCCUUGCAGUCACGAAAAGCUUCAAAUCUAGAUUUAAAUGGUUAAUUCUGGUACAAUAACACCCACCGUGUGUGGAGGCCCUCAUCCAGCAGUCGAUUCACAAAGGCCUGUACAGUGAUUAAGUCUAACGAAAUAUUUUCUCACUGUACUUUAUUUGAAAAUUAUUUUGCACUUCUCAAAAAGAAACCAAGGAAUCCCCUGAGCCCAACACAUUAGGUCACAACAAUAACCAAAUUGCAAUGUUACAAAUUUCAGAUUAAAUUUUUAAAACAAAUCAACAUUCGCAAACCUUCACCCCACCCCAGAACAUUGAUCUAUGAUCAGACUAACCAGGAUUUAAACUACCCUUGAACUUAGAUUCCCUUUAAACAGCACCAGCCGCCCCAGGAGUGUAACGCCCUCACAAUCCGCCCGCCCCAUUGCCCUCACUUGGGUGGUGGUGGUGCCAUAGCCAUGCAAACGAGGAAGGGAGAACCAACAACGAGGUGCAGAAGAGGGCAUCACGGAACUAUUGCUGAAAUCCCUUCGGCUGGCCUCUAGGCAGACGAGCCACACUCCUUGUAUAGGCCCAGCUCAGGAGUGUUUGUCGUAUGCAAAUCAAGCCAGAUUCUCGGGGCUGGAUAUAUCAUCAUGCAGGCCUGGUCAGGGACUCGCAGAGAGAUGAAGAGUUGCCGUUAUUGCAUGCCAAGCAUUUGUGGGGUGUUUGUUGGCAGGCUUUGAUUUCCUCUCACGAUAAAACGACGCAGACAACAACCUCACUAGAGGAUUGGACCUCGCGUCCAGCCAUCACCACUGCCCUGCCUCA